AAAACUCUGAAGGAUCCACUUCCACCAGAACAGAUCCAUCAGGUGAUCUGAGGCGGUCCACUGACCUCCUUUCAUUCAUAACGGCUGCAGGAUCUGACUGUCUAAAGAGUUUCACCUUCUGAGACUGAUGGGAAAAUAGAAAUGAUACAUUUGACGGAAAGUUUAUGACUAAUAAACCAGAAAUAAACCUUUAGAAAUAGGACAAAAGCAGGAAAAUGUUCCCAAAGUGUGAAACAUUCAGAAAUGAAUAUUAACCCUUUAAUUCACCGAGAAUCUCCGGUAAAUGUCGCUUUAGAACAAAAAUAUCGAACAUUUCCUUCAGCAGUUGAAACGGAGCGGCGGUCACGUGACGGUGGCAGUCACGUGAGGGGCGGAGCUGAGGCGUCAUCAUGGUGUCAUGGCGGUGAAGGAGCUUCUUCCCUGAAGCGGCUUCCAGGACGAUAAUUAACGGUUCUCUCUUUUUACGACAGCCGCGCGUGACACAAACCCACUCGACCCCCACGCCGCGGCCCGUUCCCAUGGCGACGCAGUGAGGCGCGGCGGGCGGAUCUGAACCGGCAGCAGACCAGACGCGGCGGUCCUGACUCAUCUCCAGCGGCCAUGUCUCUGGCGGGACACACGUCGGACUCGGCGCCGCUCUUCUCCUCUGACAGCGAGGCAGACGGUCUGGAGGAGCAUUCAAGGCCGACCAAUGAGCAGGAGGCGCCGGCCAGCGGCGUGUCGGCGCUGCGAGCUCUGCUCACCGUCUUGGUCCUCUGCUACAUCAACCUGCUGAACUACAUGGACCGCUUUACCGUGGCGGGCGUCCUCCCAGAGAUCGAGAAUUUCUUCGGGAUCGACGACGGGAAGUCGGGUCUGCUGCAGACAGUUUUCAUCUGCAGCUACAUGUUCCUCGCCCCCUGCUUCGGUUACCUGGGCGACAGGUACAACAGGAAGUACAUCAUGAGCGUUGGGAUCCUGUUCUGGGCCCUGGUGACACUUGCCAGCUCCUUCACCCCCAAGGAGCACUUCUGGGUUCUGCUGCUGACCCGCGGGCUGGUCGGCGUCGGGGAGGCCAGCUACUCCACCAUCGCCCCCACCAUCAUCGCCGACCUGUACGUGAAGGACAGGAGGACCAACAUGCUGUCCUGCUUUUACUUCGCCAUCCCAGUGGGCAGUGGGCUGGGCUACAUCGUGGGUUCUCAGGUCAGCAGCGCCGUGAAGAACUGGCACUGGGCUUUGCGGGUGACGCCGGGCCUGGGGCUGGUCGCCGUGCUGCUGCUGCUGUUCGUGGUCCAGGAGCCGAAGCGAGGAGCGGUGGAGGCGCGGGCGGAGGAGCAGCUGCACCGCACCAGCUGGCUGACGGACAUGCGGGCCCUCAGCAGGAAUCUCAGCUUUGUGCUGUCCACGUUCGGCUUCACGGCGGUGGCGUUCGUGACGGGCUCCCUGGCGCUCUGGGCCCCCACCUUUCUGUUCAGAGCGGCCGUCUUCACGGGGGAGAAGGCGCCCUGCUCCGAGACGCACUGCUCCUCCUCGGACAGCCUCAACUUCGGGAUCAUCACGUGCGUCAGUGGCGUGCUGGGCGUGGCCAGCGGCGUGGCGGUGAGCCGCCGGCUGAGGACGAAGACGGCUCGAGCCGACCCUCUGGUCUGUGCGGCUGGUCUGCUGCUGUCGGCGCCGUUCCUCUACCUCGCCAUCGUCUUUGCCGAGUCCAGCACCAUCGCCACAUAUGUCUUCAUCUUCUUGGGGGAAACUUUCCUCUCCAUGAACUGGGCCAUCGUGGCCGACAUUCUGCUGUACGUGGUCGUUCCGACACGCCGCGCCACGGCCGAGGCUGUGCAGAUCGUCCUGUCGCACCUGCUGGGAGACGCUGGAAGUCCGUACCUGAUAGGAGUGGUGUCAGACUACAUGAGGAAGACGGACUCCUUCCUCUGGCAGUUCCGCUCCCUGCAGCUGUCCUUGCUGCUCUGCUCCUUCGUGGCUGUGGUGGGCGGGGCUUUCUUCCUGGCCACCGCCCUCUUCAUCGAAAAAGAUCGUAACCGCGCAGAGAACUACGCCCCCACAGAGGACGAGCCCAUCGUUGUCCCGAAGAGCGGCCGCUCCACCCGGGUGCCGGUGUCCAGUGUCCUGAUUUGACCCCAGAGUCGUCGCCGUGGAAACAACAACGCUAACUUCAACGAAUUUAUGAACAAUUUACUGCUGCCGGGUGCAGUUUGGCUGCUGCCUGUAGGUGGCGCUUUGGCCAGUGACUAAGCUGAUCUGAGAUCAGGAGGAAGGGGGAGGAGCUUCGUUUGCAGUGAAGGCGUGGUUUAACCUCCGGGUGUUCGCAUCAACAGCUUUAAUUCAGCAGCACUUUUCUUUAGACCAGGACCUCCUGGACCUCCUGGACCUCCGGGACCUCCUGGACCUCCUGUCCAUAAUCCAGCUUUUAUUUUGAAGUGGUCGUAACCCUCAGUUAAGCAGAUGUCUGAACGUUUUAAAACUUUUUUUCAUUUCACUAAAAACUUGUUUAUCUUUUUAAGACAAUAAAACGUUUGUAACUUUCA